UUGAUGGUCGUGGCUUCACUGCUGCUUCCUGUCGUCGCCUCGCGAAGCUGUGAGCGACUCGAAGACCCGACAUGCUUCACCAACUGGCCAGCACAACCUCACAACUGGACAACCUAUUCUCUCACCAAUGACUCGCGGAAUGCAAAUGACGUGAGGCGUCGUCUGGACGAGUGGUCGCCACUCGAAGCAAUUCCAUCAUGUUGGCCGUACGCCGCCGAGUUUCUCUGUCGCCUCUACAAGCCGGAAUGCGACCAGGCGACUGGUUUGGCGCGCUUGCCCUGUCAUGAGCUUUGCGUGGCAACCAAGCAGCAUUGCGCAGUCGUGGAGCAGCUGCGGUCGUGGCCGUCGUUUACUGACUGUUCGCGCUUUCCAACGUGUGCCAAUGUGGUGGAGGUAAACGGGACGACCACAAACAUCACCUGUCCUUAUCCUCUACUGGCGACUGAUGAGACCAGCCACUGGUACAAGGACCUCAACAUUAAAGGCUGUGGAAUACAGUGCACGAACCCACUCUUUACAGAGAAGGAACACAACAAUGUUCGGAGCUUUAUCGCUGCCAUGGGAUCAAUAUGUCUCUUUUGCACUUCAUUGGCAUUGUUGACGUUCUUGAUUGACUGGAAGAGACAGAGACAAUAUCCUGCUGUCAUUAUUGUCUACUUGAACGCCUGCUUUUGUGUGGGCUCUGUGGGUUGGUUGGCACAGUUUAUCAACGGAGCUAGAGACAAAAUCGUUUGCCACUCUGAUGGUACAUCUCGCUUAGGAGAGCCAAGUGGUCAACUUGAUGCUACUCCUUGUAUCAUUAUCUUCAUUCUGAUUUACUAUUUUCUGAUGGCAACGGGCGUGUGGUUUGCCAUCUUGGCGAUGUCGUGGGACAGUUGCUUCAAGUCUCUGAUGGUGCCGUCUGAGUUUAUGUCGGGGAAGACUCACUGGCUUCAUGUGAUUGCGUGGACAUUGCCGGGGAUUAAGACUGUUGUUAUUCUGGGAAUGCAAGAAGUGGAUGGUGACUCAUUGAGUGGGAUAUGUUUUGUGGGAUACAGACAUCUAAGUUUACGAGCUUGGUUUGUGUUUGGGCCACUGGGAUUAUAUCUGACGAUAGGAGGGAUCUUUCUGCUUCGAGGUCUCAUCCGUCUGUGCCAGCUAAAGUCUCAAGCUUUAAAAUUCAGCUCAGCAAAGCGUGUAGAAGUAACAGUGAUCAGGAUAGGAAUUUUUGCUUUCCUUGCGUUCUUCUUUUCAUUGGUCACGUUCAUCUGUCAUUUGCACGACUAUAACCAGCAACCACAGUGGGAGAAAUCGCUGAAAGACUUCACUAUUUGUCAAGCGAAUUACACAUUGAAUAGUCAGUUUGUGAAUGCAACCGAUAGCUCAGCGUGUGUACAAAGCGAUCGGCCAAGUAUAUUGGUUACCAUCAUGCAGUUGUUUUCGAUGUUUGGCUGUGGUGUUGCAAUGAGCAGUUGGAUGCUGACUCCGUCUGCUUUUCGCUCGUGGAAACACUUUUUGAGACGGUUUAGAUGCAGAACGCGUUCGUCUGACGACUUUCAUAUGGAGAGAAUCACUGAUAAUGGUCAACCCAGUUUGAUGCAUAUUUCACGUAAUAAAGUUGCGCCGGCGACCACUCCUGAUUCAUUGAAACCAAGGAGCAGUGCGGCGUCGAUGACAACAGACAGUGGCAUUCAGACAGAUGAGGGUAGCAUGUUUCUAUCCACCAGGCAUCCAAACUCAGUUUCUUCAUCAUAAUUUGUAAUGAGUCAGAAUCUGUACAGUUUAGUUAUAGUUAUAUACAGAAAUAGUCGUGUAACAGGUUGCUCACAUAGAGAGACUUUGGUGCUUCAAGAGUUGAUAUUAAUUUUGACUUAUUGUAAAUCUAAAUAGAUUUUAUGAA